UAUAAAUUACACAACUGUAAAACUGAAACCAGUUAAUUUAUUGAUGCAAACAUGCUAAGACAUUCCCUACUACUGUUGUUUAUCCUAGUACGAUUCCGAACAUCUACCGGUGCCGAUGUCAUUACCGGAACAGUGAAGUACUAUAUUUUCAACAGUCAGCUGCAACGUUUAGUGGAGCUAUCAAGCAACGACAGUGACUUCACCCGGAACGGAUGUGACCCGAGCGGAAAGUUUACAGUUGUCGUGCACGGUUGGCGGGAAGGAACCGACACCGAAUGGGUACCGGACGUGAUGACAAACAUGACGGCCUACCGGGGUGGAUGUGUCAUGUUUAUGAGCUACGGUAACAACAAUCACCAGAUGGACUAUUUCAAUGAACUUGUGCCCCAUUUUGAUGAGUUGGCUAGUAAUCUGACUAAUCAUUACCGUCGGUUGGAGGCGUUCGGUUUCAAUCCGGCCGAUGGUCUUGUGUUUGGGUUCAGUUUCGGUUCGCAGCUGGCGUUCGAAUCUGGAAGCAAUUACGGAGUUAGAAAACUUGGACGCAUUGAUGCAUGUGACCCAGCCGGUCCGGGUUUCGAUGGUAAUAGUAAACGUUCCUCGCUGGACCCAACGGCGGCAGCUCAGAAGGUUCAGUGCAUUCAUACCAGCUCGAACUAUGGAACCAGUCAGCGAAAUUGCCACGUCAACUGGAACAUGGGACAGUGCGGUAAGGAACAGGUCGGUGCCGGUCCAUUCCCUAAGGGAUCGCACGGGUUGUGUCCUUACUUUUACGCCAGUGCCUUCACGCACAGCUUCUUUGCAGUUCCAAAACCGAAGGAAUGUAGCUCGAAACGGUACACCGAUAUUUGGCCGUCUGGCUACAAGAUGGGCUACUUCAGCGGUUCGAAUUGUUCAUUUCAAGGAGAGCUUUUCUCACCAACUACCAAGUUUUACCCCUACAAUGACCCAUAUCCAGCAAUUUGAAUACUUUAAUUCUUCAAGUUAUUAUUAUUUAUUAACUUUAAGAUUUGAUACAUUCAAACUAGCCGUUGUGCCAUAAUAUCCUAAACUGUUUCGCAUAACUGAUAGGUUUGUAAUUUAAAAAUAAAUAGAAUAUUCUGGUACAAUGUGCUUAUAGUUGUUC